AUGACGUCCGUGUACAACUUCAAGACAAUCGCCGUCGUCCCGGCGUACAAGGACUUUAUGGACAUUGUCCUGUCCAAGACGCAGCGCAAGACGCCGACGAUAGUGCACAAGGGAUACCACAUCUCCCGCAUUCGCCAGUUCUACAUGCGCAAGGUCAAGUUCACGCAGAAGACCAUCAAUGAGAAACUUACCUUUAUCCUUCAGGAGUUCCCACGCAUGGAUGACAUCCACCCCUUCUAUGGCGAUCUCAUGCACGUCUUGUACGACCGUGAUCACUACAAAGUGGCGCUUGGUCAGGUUGGCGCUGUUCGCCACAUGGUGGACAACAUCGGUCGCGAUUACGUACGUCUGCUCAAGUACGGUGACUCUCUCUACCGCUGCAAGCAGCUGAAGCGUGCGGCCCUUGGCCGCAUGGCGACGGCGUGCAAGAAGCUCAACAGCGCGCUUGCCUACUUGGAGAAGGUACGUCAGCACAUGUCUCGCCUGCCCUCCAUCGACCCCAAUGCGCGCACGCUUCUCGUGACGGGCUUCCCGAACGUAGGCAAGUCUAGCUUUAUGAACAAGGUCACGCGCGCUGAUGUGGAGGUGCAGCCGUACGCCUUCACGACCAAGUCGCUCUUUGUCGGUCACACAGACUACAAGUACACUACCUGGCAGGUGAUCGACACCCCUGGCAUCCUAGACCACUCUCUGGAGGAGCGUAACGUCAUCGAGAUGCAGGCGAUCACCGCGCUGGCGCACCUCCGCGCCUGCAUCCUCUUCUUCAUGGACCUGAGCGGCCAGUGCGGCUACUCAAUCGAGCAGCAGGUCUCCCUCUUCAACUCCAUCGGCCCUCUGUUUACUGGGAAGCCCGUUGUCGUCGUCUUCAACAAGUGCGACGUGUGUACCAUCGACGAUGUCUCAACGGCGGAGCAGGAGCUCAUCAUGGACGCCAUUCAGGAGGCCGGCGCAAAGUGGAUUACGACUAGCACACUCACAGACAUCGGUGUCGGCGAUCUCAAGUCCGUCGCCUGCGACGUACUACUCGCCCACCGCUCGGAGCAGAAAGAGGGCUCUGGGCGCUACCAGGCGAUUCAGAACCGCCUCUACUGCGCCACCCCUCAGCAGCGCGAUGAGGUGGAGCGACCCACCUUUGUGCCGGCGUCGGUGCUGCAGGAGCGCGCCACAGGUGAGCCACCGAGGCGGCGCCGCAAAACGGAGCGUGACUACGAGUGGGAGAAUGGUGGCCCGGGGCAGUACCAAAGAAACGAGCGCAAGACCUGGGACCUGGAGGACCCUGUAUGGGUUGACGACAUCAUUCCCGACAUCAUGGACGGCCACAACAUCUACGACAACAUUGACCCUGACAUCCAUCAGCGCCUGCUGGAGCUGGAGGCGGAGGAGGAGGCGCGGCUGGAGGAUCUUGAGCUAGAGGCGUCCCGCAAGCACGAGCAGUACACCCUGGACAGUGACACCCUUGAGGCGGUUAAGUUCAUCAAGGAUAGGGUAAAGGUACUGAAGAUGGAGCGCGCAAUGAAGAACCCUGCCAUCCGGCGUACACACAGCCAGGCGAUAGCGAUCGACAAGUUCAACAAGCGCACCGGCAGUCAGGAUGCCAGAGCGAAGUCCAUCGCGGACGGCAGCGGUGAGGUGCCUACCCGCAAACGCGGCCGCUCCAUGUCUGCCGCGCAGGAGGCGCUCAUCCGCGACCGCUCCGGCUCUGCACACGUUAGCACCAAGACGACUCGUAGCAUCAGUGCUGCCUCACCUAGUCGCGAGCGCAGCAUGAGCGUCAACCGCGGCGACGGCUACCGUGAUGUGAACGAGAAGCUGCGCGCUGUGAAGCUGAGCAAGGUGAAGACGCGUCCGCUGGCCCGCCAGGCACGGAAGGGGGAGGGUGACCACCACAUCCCGAACCUGCGCCCUAUGCAUUUGUUCACGGGUAAAGUGAAGAGCAACGGCGCUCGUGACCGGCGUUAA